AUGACGGUUAACAAGACCAGAAACGAACUCGCCGAAAAAAGACACCAGCUAUAUUUCCGACAGAUGGCAAUUCGCUCCAAAUCAAAGCUCCACGAUGUUAAAGAUGUCCCUCAAGGUAGUAGAGCCCCAAUUGAGAAAUGGGACAAAGAUGUACCUAGGGAGGAGAACCGAACUGUUGCGAGUCCUGGUGACUUUAACUAUGCGGGUACUGACAAUGGCACGGUAAAUAUGACAACAUCAAUAUUGAUGUUGUUAAAAAGACUGAAAUUUCACCUAGAGCUUUUCAACUAUUACGCCGCGUUAAGCAAGGACUCCAAUGAAGACAGUAUCAGCUUAAAUCUAUCUAAAGAAGAAGAAUUAUUCCUACAUUUGCCAUCGGUUACGAGUACUAAGGCUAGGGAUGAUGAUGUUGGCUGUGGGUAUUUUCGUCAACGAAGAUAUUUAGAGAGACGAAAGAAGUAUAUGAAUGCAGGAGAAAAGGUCCAGUUAAUAGAAGAUUGA